CACCCCCUGCAGUUAGCUGCCAUUUUAAUUCACGCUGCGGCGCGGCACGGACGCGAGCGAAGGAAUAUGCUCAGAGGUUUCCAAGAUGGCGAAGAAAACGCAGGCAGAGAAAACGGUGCAGAACGACGAGACCGCGAAGGCCAACGACGAUCCGAUGAACGACGAUGAAGAGCCUAAUUUCAGCGAUCCCGAGGGCUUCGUCGACGAUAUCACCGACGAGGAAUUGCUUGGUGAUAUCUUGAAGCAAAAGCCUUCAGAAACAGAUGGAGUGGAGUCUGUGAUUGUUGUGGACAAUGUGCCUCGAGUGGAACCUGACAAGUUGGAGAAGCUUCAAUCUGUCAUUAACAAAGUGCUUGGAAAGUUUGGCACGAUAGUCAAUCAGUACUAUCCAAUGAAUGAGAGCGAUGGCAAGACUAAAGGAUACAUCUUUCUGGAAUACACCAAUCACUUGAAUGCACUGACCGCGGUCAAAUCCACCAAUAAUUACAAGAUUGAUAAGUCUCACACAUUCAAAGUUAAUCUUUUUACGGAUUUCAAGAAGUUUGAGGACAUUCCUGAGGAUUGGGAGCCACCAAAGGCACAGCCCUUUAAGUCAGCUAGCGACUUGCACUAUCAUUUGUUGGAGCCGGAUGCUUAUGAUCAAUUCUGCGUUCUUUGUGGCAAUGGAGCAGGAGUGUCUGUGCAGAUCUGGCAAAACUCUGCGCCAGAGCCUACUCUGCUUGAAGAACGUAACCGCUGGACAGAGACGUAUGUGAAAUGGUCACCACUAGGUACGUAUCUAUCCACAUUCCACAAGCUGGGCGUUGCGCUGUGGGGUGGCCCUCAGUUCACCCAACAGGCCAGAUUCAGCCAGCGAGGUGUUGAAUGCAUUGACUAUUCGCCCUGCGAGCGUUACCUAGUCACCUACACUCCACGCACCGAUCUCGGACAGGAUCAGAAGCGCCUUGUGAUUUGGGACAUUUUGUCGAGCCAGGAAAAACGAUCGUUCUUCCCUGAUGGAUCUUCCGUUUGGCCAAUCUUCCGUUGGUCGCACGAUGAUAAAUAUCUAGCGCGUAUGGGAGAGGAUGUUCUUAGUGUUUAUGAGACUCCAUCGUUCGGUCUGCUGGACAAGAAGAGCAUCAAAAUUCCAGGGAUCAGAGAUUUCAGUUGGUCCCCGACGGACAACAUUCUUGCUUAUUGGGUGCCAGAAGACAAAGAUGUCCCCGCGAGAGUAACUUUGCUCGAAAUUCCCAACCGCAAUGAAAUAAGAAAUAAAAAUUUAUUCAAUGUGGCCGACUGCAAAAUCUUCUGGCAAAAGUCUGGUGACUACUUGUGCGUGAAAGUCGAUCGCUUUGCCAAACGUAAGGAAAAGACAGAGCAAAAAUACACGGGCAUGUCAUACAACUUCGAAAUCUUCCACAUGAGAGAGAAACAAAUUCCCGUGGACAGUGUGGAGAUAAAGGAGCCGAUUCAUGCUUUUGCAUGGGAACCAGUUGGCAGCAAAUUUGCCAUCAUUCACGGGGAGAUACCCACCGUGAAUGUCAGCUUCUACGAAGUGCGAUACGGCCAUCAGCCCGCCCUUCUCAAAAGAUUGGAGAAAAAAGCUUGUAAUCACCUGUUCUGGUCGCCGUCGGGUCAAUUCAUCGUCCUUGCCGGCCUGACGACGAUGGCUGGCGCUCUGGAGUUUAUCGACACGAACGAUUUCACUAUUAUGAACUCCACCGAUCAUUAUCAAACCUCAGAUGUGGAAUGGGACCCGACUGGCAGGUACGUCGUCACGGCAGUGUCUAGCUGGAAGACCAGCGUUGACAAUGGUUACUGGAUAUGGACGUUCCAGGGCCGUAUUUUGAAAAGAGUCAAUUUGAACGCGUUUAACCAGUUGUUGUGGCGUCCGCGAUCUCCGACUCUGCUCACCGCAGAUCAAAUUAAGGAAAUAAAAAAGAACUUGAAGAAAUACUCGGCGCAGUUCGAGAGCAAAGAUCGCAUGCGACUGACGCGUGCUUCAAAGGAAUUAAUCGAGAAACGUUGCUUGUUGAUGAAAGCAUUCGAAGAAUAUCGCACGAAACGUGUUGAAGAAUGGAACAAUCAGAAGAAACGUCGACUAGAGUUGCGUUGCAAUAUUGAUACCGAUGAGCUGGACUCAGAUUCGAAGAAUGUAGAGGAAGAAGUUGUUGAAUUUUUCGUCAAAGAGGAUACAUUCGUGAUUGACGACAAAUAAACUUUCCUUCCUCCAACAAUUGUUAAUCGCCGCGUCGGUUGCCGGUCUUGGAAAUCUCUAAAGUGUGAAACAGUGGUUUGUAAAGUGUCGCGAUAUUGAUUGUCGCAGCAAUUGUGAAUAUUGCUGCAAUUUAUUCUUAAUUCGUGAACCAUGAGUGGCAACAGACAAUCAAUCUUGUAUUGUUAUUGCUACUACUAUUAUUACUACCGCUAUCGAUAUUGUUAUUAUUUCGUCCGAAUUAAAUCAAUUUUUACAUAUUCGAUGCCGCACAAGAAGCGCUGGCAUCAUAGCAACAUUGAAUUUUAUCACAUACCCUACAGAAUAGCACACGAGAAAACAAUCGCGUCACUGAUUUCACAACUUCUGCCGGUGAACUUACAAAAUAAAAUGCUAAUUUAUUACUUA